AAUAGAGAUCGUCUACAAAGCCAACAAUCAGUUUCGAAAUCAAGAGCUUAAACCACAGCAUGAAUCCUGCAAUUUUCCUUGGUUGCCUGGUGGUCCUCUCAGGAUGUCUCCUUGGAGGAGUAAGGGCCCAAAGCGACGAUGAGUUCACCACCGAAAAACAACGCCUAGUUCAGGUGUAUGGUGAUUCUUCGGUUGAUGAGGCUACUAGAUACAGAAAUGUCGCCGAUCUAGUUACUUUCCUUGACAAGUACUCGACUCGCCUGGCAUUGUCCCCCGACUUGCAACAACGUUCCCAGGAUCUCCUGAGGAGGUACAAGGAGGAAGAAUCCCGGGCAGUUACUGUGGAUGGUGUUCCCGCUCAGGGAGGAUUCUGGGUGCCACUGCUGAAGCUGCUCAUUGUGCAGCUGGGCGUCGAACUGGCCUCUGAAGGAUUCAAGCGAGCCACAGCUUCCUAAGCCUUAAUUGGUAAAUGAUGUAACACAUCUGAAAAUAUAUAUUUCGUGCUUAUAUAACACA